GUAUGUAAAUGAGGAAUCUGGACAGGCUGAAAGGGAAGUUUACAAAAUGGUCUCUUGUUGAAGGAAUUCACGAUAAUUAAGCUGACUCGAGAUGGCUUCAGAAAAUGUAGACUCCCACAAUGCUACAGUUCUCAGAGAGUUAGAAGUUGGAGAUUUGGUGGAAUUUCCAAGAUCACUGUAUUCUCAUUGGGGUGUUUAUAUAGGAGACGGACAAAUUGUACAUUUAACUGGAGGAGACGGUGGUAGUUCGAAUGCUUUUUCCUUUGGAAGUGUAUUCUCUGUUUUUGUGGUGCAAAAGGCCUGCGUAAAGAUUGAGGAUUUCAUCAAAGUUACUGAGGGAUGUAAAGCUAUACGAAACAAUGGGAAGGAUCGUGUAUGCAGGCCACUACACCCACGCGAAAUCGUUAGGAGGGCGAAGGAAAUGGUCGGGGAGAUUGACUACAACGUUUUAUGGUAUAACUGUGAACACUUUGCAGCCUUUCUUAGAUACGACAAGUCGUGGUCCGAACAGGUGGAUAAAGCAGAAGAAAUGGCGAAUUUGGGCGGUGCCUUAGCAGUCGGUGUUGGAACUGCCCUUGGUCGAUUUGCCCGCACCUCUAAAAUGAAAAACAACUAGCUUGAAAUGGAUCGACAUUAUAUGCAUGUUGUUCAAUUAAAAACUUCGUAUUUUUGUUCAAAAGUAGACAGAAACAAUGUUUAGUAAUCAUUGCAAAACUUAACAAUGAUUUAUAGAUGGACAACACGAAGAGCACCACCAAUAGAGUAGGAAUAACGUUGGUGUACGUUUUUGUUGUCACUUCCCUGGUUCUUAUUGGAGGAUGUGACCUAGAUUUGAUUAGAACACUUCAUGUUAUCUUUGAACUGUUUCUAGAAUCUCUAUAUAAA